AAUUUUUCUAUAAAAUACAAUAUAAAUGUAUGUAAUUACUGACCAUACACAUGCAGUCAAUUAAUGCGCACAUGCAGACUCCCUUUAAAUGAGAACACAAAAGUGUCAAAGGUUUGUUUUUAGCCUUCAGGUGUAGACUCGAUGUGGGGAGAAAUGUUAGAGGGACUCCCGAGAUCUGUCUUCAAAUACUGGAAGGACAAUCACAAAGAAAAAUGAUUGAUUUGGGCUUAGUCUCCGGGAGAGGGGAGGGGGUGGAAAUCUUCAACGGGCAAGAUGACACCACUUGGUAAGACUUGUUUUCUCACUUUUUCUUUUGGGUCCACUUCCACAUGAUUUUGCCAUGUGUGUUUCUAGAUUUUUCUUACAAUCUUUAAAUCUCUCUCUAUCUUUGGGUUUUGUUAUAGAAACGUGCAUCGCUUCUAGCAGCAAUAACGCAGGCUGGCUGAUAGACAGGUGAACCAAAAAUAACAUGGAGGCCACAUCCAAUUCAUCGGAGCUUCCUUCAGACCCUUCAAUGGGGGUGAGGUUGGCCCUCCACAUCCUGUUCUUGGUCAUUCUUGCGGCGAUCUCCGUUCUGGGGGUGGUGGGCAAUGGGCUGGUCAUCUGGGUGACCGGCUUUCGCAUGCCCCAGAACGUCACCAAAGUCUGGUUCCUCCACCUGGCUGUGGCCGACUUCACCUUCAGCGCCUUGCUCCCCAUUAACAUAGCUUCUCUGGCCUCGGGCCACUGGCCCUUCGGCCGCUGGCUCUGCAAGCUCUACCACGUCUUCACCAUGCUUAACAUGUUCACCAGCGUCUUCCUGCUGACCCUGGUCUCCUUAGACCGCUGCGUCUGCAUCCUGCAGCCUUUAUGGGCCCGGAAGCACCGCACGCCGGGCCGGCUAGCGCUGAUGGCCACCGGGGCCUGGGGCCUGGCCGCGGCUUUCUCCAGCCCCUACCUGCUCUACCGGCAGAUCUUCACGGACCCCUGGACCGGGUUCAUGUACUGUUACAACAACUACAACCUGUGGGCGGAGGGCGUGGGGAGCGGACCUUCUGAGGGGGCAGUGCGGAGGUACAAGGCUCACGUGGCUCUCAAUUUUGUGGUGGGCUUCGCGGGGCCUCUCCUCCUCAUCUGCGGCUGCUCGGGCCUCAGCGUGGCCAGGCUCAGGGCCGGGAAGCAGUCCCUGAGGUCCAACCGGCCCUUCCAGGUGCUCGUGGCCGUGGUCACGGCCUUCUUCUGCUGCUGGCUCCCCCUGCACCUGGUGACCAUCUGGGAGCUAGAAGGCAACCUGGCCAACCGCGAGCACCCGUGGCUGCGAGACCUGGCCACGCCCGCCUUCGUCCUGGCCAGCGCCAACAGCUGCCUCAACCCGGUCCUCUACUCGUGGGUGGGGCAGAACUUUCGCCGGCACCUGCCGUGCUCCGUGACCAGCGCCCUGAAGCAGGCCCUGGAGGAGGACUACAAGGGCAGCGGCAACUCGGACCCCGAGGCCCUGGAGCUCCAGGAGAGCCGGUGCCCGCGGGCGGGGCCUCCCGGCCUGCUGCCCUAACUUCCCGCGGCCAGCGCCCCGGGCUCCUUCCCGAGAGCUUUAAGUCCCGGGGGAGACCCAAAGUCGUUCCGCGACUCUCCAAGGGCGGAGGGCGCCCGAGCUGACGCGCUGAGGGACGCGGUCACGGGGCCGGGCACGCGAGAGACGCGGUCACGGGGCCGGGCCUUCGCUCUCUCCCGAGCUGACGCGCUGAGGGACGCGGUCACGGGCCUGGCACGCGUGGAGAAGCGGUCACAGGGCCGGGCCUUCGCUCUCUCCCGAGCUGACACACCGAGGGACGCGGUCACGGGGCCGAGCACGCGUGGAGAAGCGGUCACGGAGCCGGGCACGCGAGAGACGCGGUCACGGGGCCGAGCACGCGGAGAGACGCGGUCACGGGCCUGGCACGCGGAGAGAAGCGGUCACGGGGCCGGGCCUUCGCUCCCCUUGUUCCAGAGGGGUCCGGUUUGCAUUGCGGGUCGGGGAGGGAGGGAGGGGCAGCGAAUAUGUUCCUAGAAAUGCUCCCAUAAAAUAAGGUUUUCUGUA